CCCCGGAUGAAAGUCCAUCAUGCAGGUGCCCGGAAGUACCGGCUUGGGACUUCCUGUGGAAGAACGUGUGGACCAAGUUUUCACCAUUUCUAGUCAAAGAAAUGUGGAAAGCAUCGUCUGCUAGGAUUUCGGUUAGAUCACAAUGUGCCAAGUGUCGCAGGUUCUUCAGCAACACCAAGAACCAACAGACUAAUGGCGGAGGAGCACAGCCCACUCCUCCACCCCCACCACCUGCUGAAUCGAGGAGUGGGGGUGGAGUAUUCUUCAAGCUCCUGGGUCUGACAACACUGACUACGGGCGGUGUGGUGGGAUAUGCUUGGUAUGACCCAAGCUUCAAGAAAACCCUGGAGGAUAACAUCCCCUACUCCAAGGAUGCAUUUGGCUACAUCUUUCCCUACCUUCCUGACCCAGCAUCUUUCAAGACAGUGGAAGCCCCAGCUCCCAAGUCAGAAGUGAAGCCUCUAGAGUCAAGAGUAACAAAGUCAUCUCAGAAGCCAACUCCCACCCCUCAGCCAGCACCUAAACCUGCCCCGAAGAAAGAAGAAAAAGUAGAUCCAGCCGUAGAGAAGGAGCGACAGAAGAGGGAGACACAGCGGCAGUUGAAAGAAAAAGAAGCAGACAAUGCAGCCCAAAAUGCUGCCCUGGAGGUGAUCCUGGAGAACUUGGCGGAGGCAACCAAUGACCUGGUGAGGCAGGCGACUGAUGCACAGAAGAGAGUUGUCGACACCACCAAGACUCACACACAGCUCCUCAGGAAGGCUAUGGAUGACACAAAGGAGAUCCUGCAGAAAGACAGUCAAUGGCAGGAGGUAUCAACAGCCUUUGAAAAUCGGGAAGAUGCUUUCAAGGAAUCCAAGACAACUGUGUACUCAGCCAGACAAAACUUAGAGAAAUUGCGUGCAGCCAUUGCUGAUGGUAAACAGAACGUGGUGACAAAGAAGAACAAGGCACUGAUCUCAGCCCAGGAAACACUCAACAAGCACCUGGCAGAGCUCGGCCAGGCUUCUUCACAGGUUUCGAGGGCGGAGUCGGAGGCGAAGGUGAUGUCGCGCUACAAGGACCUUGUAGACAAGGGGAGGAAGCAGUUCCAGAAGGAGCUUGAAAGCAUCUUGCCUGAUGUCAAGCUCGGGGACAAGAAAGGUAAGAAGCUGACAGAGGAGGAGCUGAAUUCCCUGAUCGCCCAUGCCCACCGCCGUAUAGAACAGCUGCAGAAACAGCUGGCCGAGCAGCUUGCACUGGAGUCUCAGCACAUCGACAAGGCUCUGGAGCAGCAGGUGAAGGAGGACGAGAAGCUGGCUGCGAUGCGUGUCAAGAUGGAGGCGGAGAAGAUGCAGGGAGACUUUGGUGUAGAAAAGGAGAAAUGGGCAUCUGAGGCUCGUGUGGAGUUUGAGCAGGAACUUCGUCAGCAGUUAGCCAGGCAAGCUGCCGCCCACAGCGACCACCUCAAGGAUGUGUUGAAUGUACAGCAUGAAGAGUUAGACCAACAGUUUGAGCGAGAGAUGCACACUCGCAUCCUGGAAGAGCGACAGACCUUCCAGACCGAGGUGGCAGGAUGGAUUGCACGCCUCAAGGGCAUCGAGACUGCUGUUGAUGGUCGAGCUGAAGCAGAGAAGAUUGCCCGAAAUGCGCAGGAGCUAUGGUUGGCCUGCAUUGCUCUCAAUGGGGCAAUCCGCCUCGGUCGAGAAGAGGGGGUAGAAUGGGAAGACAAAAUAAAACCAUUAGCCAAUGAGAUUGUAACAAUUUCAGAUGCUUCAGGCCAGCAUCCGUUCGUAGAAACAAUCAUUCGUACAAUUCCCGAGGAGGCCCUGAAACGAGGCGUGUGGACAGAGGAGAGUUUGAAGGAAAGAUUCCCUAAGGUGAAACGGAUCUGCAAGAGAGUUGCAAUGGUCGAUGAAACUGGAGGAACCUUGUUUAAAUAUUUCCUAUCUUACAUUCAGUCCUUCUUCAUAUUUGACUCUGUUUAUGCCAAGUCACUUGAUGAUGAAAUUGACUUGGAUAAAUUUGACACAUUUGCUAUUCUGGCACAUGCGGAAUUCUGGCUGGAGAAAGGAGACAUGGACCAGGCCAUUCGCUUUCUGAAUCAGCUUCAAGGGGCUCCGAGAAGGGUGGCAUCUGAUUGGAUAAAAGAGGCCAAGUUGAUGGCGGAGACGAGACAAGCAGCGUAUGCUUUGAUGGCUUUUGCGUCAGCUAGUGGACUAGGGACAUUGUUUUAACUAUAGAAUCAUGAUUAGAUUGAAGUCAGGACCAACAUUUGUAUUUUUGCAUGAGUGCUAUCGCUAUCAGGAGGAUAUCGAUGUAAAUACUCCAGAAAGUAGGCACCAUUUGGUAGUGCUUCAUCUUCUUGUAAAUUAUAAAAUGAUUCUGAUCUUUUUUGUUAGCAGACUUGGGUGUGGAAUGAAACAGAUAUCAGACGCAUGGUACAGGUUUUGAUAAGUUACGUUGUUAUUGGUGCUGAAUGUAGUAAAAGUUCAAAGUAAAAUUUGUUAAAUGCUUUCACUGCCAUGUAAGCAUGGUAAUAAAUUGCUCUUCUUUAGAGAUAUCAUGGAGAAUUAAGCCAUAAUUGCCUUUGUGAGAGUGUAAUUGUAACAUUAAAUUAUGCAAGAAAUGUGUGAUGAUCUUACUGAUAGAACUGUCAGGUGUGAGUUUAAGUGCUGAAUUCUUGUACAAAAUGAAGUUAAAUGUGAUAUAUCCUCCAGGGAUGUUUGUGAAUAAAUCCCAAGUUUAUCCCA